UGCACGCGACCAACGAGACAAGACCCAUAACCAUAACUAUAACCACAACCACAACGACAAACACACACCAAAGUUAUCCGGCACCAGCAACUCUAUUGAAAUACUGCUGAAAGAUGAUUGUGCGGAACAAUUUUACAAUUGCGCUCUUCGUGUUGUGCGCUUUCAGUUUGACCCGUGCCCAUUUUCCGGAGUACUGUGCGGAGUGUGAACAGGAGAUCUGGGAACAGGUGCCAUGCAGUGAGAUAAGUACCUCAACGAGUGUACCACCCACUACAAGUGUGCCGCCAACCAGCAGCACCACAACAGAGCCGAUUAUUACCACCACAGAGACAAUCACAACACCCACAACAACAGAAGCACCCAUAACUACUACGCCGUACAUAAGCACACCUGCUCCACCGUACAUUACCACACCCUCUACCUACAAGAAAUGCUACUGCGAGUGUAAGUUGGGUUGCAAGGAAUUCUGUCGCAAGGUGUCGGUGGCAAGUCCCAAGCAACAGAUCACGCAGAUCACAUCUACAGGGGAUUAUGCGCCGGGUGGACAGAUCGAGUAUACCCACUCACAUCAAAGGAAAUACUAUCCCAAGUAUGCAGCACCCCCAAGGAACUACAAACCAUAUCCCCUGGUCUACAAUGAAGCUACAUCCGCAUCCGCAUCCUCGCCAGCUGUGAGCAAUAUCAAUGCCCCCAACUACACGUUGGAGGAACUGGCAAAUCUGCUGAGCACAGCGUACGGCACGAAAAAGGGAUACCCUGCAAGUGCACCAGCUCAGCCACAGGUUUACUACUCCCCAUCGCCACCAGAGUAUAAGCCAGAGUAUAAGCCGGAGUAUAAGCCAGAGUCAGAAUACAAGCCAGAGUACAAGCCGGAGUAUAAGCCGGAAUACAAGCCAGAGUACAAGCCAGAGUACAAGCCAGAAUACAAGCCAGAGUACAAGCCAGAGUACAAGCCGGAGUACAAGCCGGAAUACAAACCAGAGUACAAGCCGGAGUACAAGCCGGAGUAUAAACCAGAGUACAAGCCGGAUUAUAAGCCGGAGUACAAGCCGGAGUAUAAGCCAGAGUACAAACCAGAGUACAAACCGGAGUAUAAGCCGGUGAUCAGUACGGUAGUAGCUUCAGCGGGUCCGACUAUGAGAGUCGCCGCCUCUGCCGUAGUGUCAGGAUCACGUGCCAUAGCCAAGGCAAAGACGCCCUACAAAGAGGUGGUAGUCACUACAGCGCCCGUUUAUGACAGCACCACAUCCUAUCCCAUUUCACCACCCGAACCCGAGCAACGCAAGUCAUACGUAGCACCAGCCCCAGAGCCCGUUCCCAUUACCGUGCCACAAACCGAGUCAUAUCCCUCCCAGACAGAGGCGUAUCCUGACAAGUCCUACGAGAAUUCCGAAUCGAAUUCAAUCAAACGAGGAUCGUCAUCAUCCUUCGAUCUGGCCAUCGAUAACUAUCUCAAGGACUUUGGCAACCAGGUGAGGGAUUUGGAUUACUGAUGAUGGAGUGAAGGAGAUACCUUCAGUUGUUACUAGUGGUUAUUAGGCUUAGAGCUACUAUAUUUCGAACUAAUUGUAUGUGUGUCGAUGUAUUUAUUUAAUAGUUCUAUUCAUUUUUAUUAAAAUACAUACAUAUUCAUAUGUA